UACACUUGUGCAAUCACCACAAACAUCUCUCUACUGACCUGGAGAACAUAUCACUUCAAAACAGUCCAAAAACAGUCAACAAUCAUCCUCGCGAGGAGACAGCGCGGUGCUCAUCGCGCAUUUGGAUACUAUUUUGAAAGGGAUUGGCAUCGAUUUGUGUCGCAGUUUUAGACAGAUUUCAAAAGACUGGAGAUUGUUCGGGACGGAACACCUGCGAGUGCCCAUUGAUGACAAACUGAAUAACUGCUAUGACAGGUAAACUAGCGGACAAGAUCCCUAUUACCAUGAGCAGUUUAAUCAACACCAUACCUGACAGUCUCUAUCCAGAAGAAGACAUUCCCACUUCUAUGAACAUUUUCACAAACCCGGACUCUAUUUCGCACUACUCACAAAUGAAUACAGAUAAUAUCAUGGACUUGGGGAUGGGCGGUGAGAAGGGAAGUGGAGAGAUUCAGUAUGGCUCCAGUAGUUUCCAAUCUGGUCGAAGCGGACAGACCGUCACCUACCUGGGCAAGUUUGCGUUUGACACCCCUCCAUCAGGCAGCAUCGGUGGCUCGGGUUGGUGUCCUGACAACAACAUCAUCAGUCUGGUGAGUGCCGGAAUCCUGGGCGUGUCACCGUCACCAGGCAACAUCACCACCCAGACGUCUUCGUCGAGCGGCAGCAUGGGCGGCCAGUCAUCAGACAUGGAGCAGGUAUAUGCACCACCUCUUCCAGCUUACUCCACCUGCAGCGACAUUUAUCCCGAGCAGGUGACGUUCCAUCACAGUCCUGCAACGUCGUCGUCUCUGCCCUACCCAAGCUCCGACUACCACACCACGUCCAAACCAGGCAUGGACGGCAGUCUUUUUUCCAUGAUCCCAGACUACAACCUCUUCCAUCACCAGGGAGACAUUGGGGUGAUGGAGCAUAAACCCUUCCAAACCAUGGACCCUAUUAGAGUCAACCCACCUCCCAUAACUCCCCUUGAAACCAUUCGAGCCUUUAAGGAUAAGCAACAGAUCCAUCCUGGGUUUCUUGGUGGGCAACAGCACGUAUCCCAACACCACCAACCCUCUCAGACACUUGCCCUCAAACCCAUUCGACCAAGAAAGUACCCCAACCGACCAAGCAAAACCCCCGUCCACGAGCGUCCACACGCCUGUCCGGCGGAGAACUGUGACCGGCGUUUUUCUCGAUCAGAUGAGUUGACGCGCCAUCUGCGCAUCCACACGGGGCAUAAACCCUUCCAGUGCCGCAUCUGCAUGCGAUCUUUCAGUCGCAGCGACCAUCUAACCACGCACAUCCGAACGCACACCGGCGAGAAGCCCUUUUCUUGCGAGUUCUGUGGACGCAAGUUUGCUCGCAGCGACGAGCGAAAGAGGCACGCCAAGGUGCAUCUGAAACAAAAGGACAAGAAGCCCUCGGACAAGGGCAGUAGCACUGGGGCAGGGGGGAGCCACAUGUCUCCUCCAAGCUCCUGUGGGAGUGCGGGACCCAGCAGUGCCAAUAUCAUAACCGUUACCACUUGUGCAUGAAAUGGACUUGCAAAGUAAGACUACAAGGGGAAGAAAUUAAGGCUUCUCUUCUUUUCUUAGAUACACUUGACUCUCAUACUCUCUCCGUCUCUUCACAUCCAUCCAUUUCCUCCUGGUUUCUGUUGAUUAUAGUGGCAUAUUUCUGUUGCCACUACUGUUUUAGGUCAAACGGGUGCAGAAUAAGUGGACUAGUGUCGCAUGAAUGGGAAAGAGAAGGGUUCAAAGAUAACAGUUCAAGCAGUGAGGUUGAUCCAUAAGAAGAGCACUUGCAGAUGCAGUGCAAUCACAAGGGUUAAACACUCGGCUCUCGGGAUCAGAGGCAUCUCUUGAAAUUUUUGUCUUUUCAUUUUUCUUUUACAAAUAAGGAGAGAUCUGAUUGCUGUUUUUGUGUUUCCUACCUGUAUUUUGUUUUGUCAUUAGGUUGUCAGAUUUCUAAAAGUGCACUUUCAUUUGCUUACUAUUUUGCAGUCCUUUUUUAAAUGAUUGUAAAAUUAUUUAAUGUCUUGUGUUGAUGUUGCUUUUCAACAUAAUGUGUCAAAUGUAUUUAAAUGCAUCAGACAACUUUUUUUUUAUUAUUAUUGUUGCUUGUUUUAGCCUGGCUAGGAUCAUACUGAAGGUACAGGCAAGUAACUUUACUGUAAGAAUCAGUUCAGACAUUGAUUUGGGGAAAACAUUUAAGCCUGAAAGGUUCAAGGAGACUGAGUUUCAGGUGAGUCUGUUGCACUAUUAAGCUUCAUUAUCUUCAUAUUUUGAAAUCCCUUUGGUACAAUUAAGGGAUCAGAUUGGCAUUUGUAAUCAGUAACAGACUGGCAUUGCAAUAAAAUGAAAAACAACAACAAUAAAACACAGUCUGGCUUGGAAAUUUACAUUGUAGGGAUGAAAUUAAAACACAAUUGUGGCCUUUCAUCUAAUUGUUUCACUUAAUUUGGUGUGCAUAAGGGCCAAACCUGCAGUUCAAUACUUUUCUUCUGUUAAAAUCAGCUAUGGUGAUCUGAUCCAAACAUUAUGCCUUUCUGUUUUCACUGCCUGUAGGCACGCAUGCACUAGUAUCAGUUGUAUGUCUUUGCAAAUACUGAAAUAAUUGUGUUAGUCAUCUUUGAGGACCUACAGCAAUAUGCAUCCAAUUCAAAGUACACAGGCUGUCAGCAAGAGUUAAUACUGUAAACAUGACUUAUUUUCAUGUGAAAAUUGUACUGGUAAGGUUUCCAUUGUCGUUAUUGUCACUGUUUUAUUGGACAGUUAUGUUUUAUGCUUUUAUCAUCCAAUAUGUUUUGUUGGGUACCUUUUUAUGCACAUUGAAUAUUCAGCACACAUUUUAACACAUGGUUUUCAAAAUGAAGACUGCCAAAAUUAUGGUAAUGCCUGCCUGCAGACAUCACCACUGGGUAGAUUGAUCUUAGGAGUCAUUGUUUCGCAUUUUCACAGGCUGCGGCCUGCCUGCUAUAUGCAUGCCAUUCAAGAUGUUUUUUGGAUGGGAACAGUUUCGACAUUUAUACUGCUCUAAAGGGCAGCACCAUAAUGUGGUAUCUCCACGGUUACUCAUAUUUGGAACAUGCAUUGAGAUUCUGAAUAUUAGCAAGGAGAACGAGAGAGGGUUUUGUACAGUUAAAUAUACAAACAUAUUACUACAUGUUUUUUACUUGGAAUGUACAAAGCAAUGUCCUUCAGUAUUAUGAUGUGUGUCUGUGCAUGUGCGUGUGCGUGUACAUGUGUGUGCGUGCACUAAUGCAUACGCAAACACCCACAUACUCAGAUUUUACAUUGACUGAAUGUUGAAAUGAAGGGUGUGUUAACAUUUUCAUUUCUUUCUUCCAGUUUUUGAGAUUGUGAAUGUGUACAUAGUGCAGAAUGUUUCAUAAGUGUGUGCGCGCAGGAAAAGUAUUGACAGUGUAUUGACAGUGUCAAAUGUGAUGCAUUCUAAGUCUCAAAUAUUAACUGUUAUUAGCGUAAAAUUGCAAAUGAUGACUUGCGGACACACAGAAUGAUGUGUUUAAUAAAUGAAUAAACAGUAAGAUUAUUUGAAAAAAAAAGGAAAGCAAAAACCUGUGUAUCUCAUUAUCUUAUACGCAAUGCAUACAAAGCAAAUCCUUUGAUAAAGGCAUAAUUCUAUUUUGUAGCUGACUACCACUGUGUUCAGCAAAUUUAGACUAAGAAUUUGUGAAUUGUAUUAUUUAAAAAUUAAGCUUCACAACCAGUGGCAACUUGAAUCUAGUUUCAUUUAAAAAAGACACACAAAAACCUUAAAUUAUAUUGUAUUUUAUUUAUUUUUAAUGUAUUUUUAUUGUUUAUUCAUGUUAUUCAUAUUUGGCUAAAUUAAGCACCCCUCAAUUGGCUUUAAAAAAAAUGUAUAAAAAAAUUAUUUCAUGCCAUACACUUCGAAAGCUCUUGCCAUUUCGGCAAACCACAUCCGGAAUGUAUCUUCUGGCAAAAUAAAAUUUUUCCCCCUCCUUGCGAGGCCAGUACUGUAUAUCAUUUUUUGUUUCUGAUUAUUAUUAGUAUUACAUAUGAAAAACUGACAGUACAAUGGUAUUUCAUCAAAAUGUUGAAAAGAUUUAAUAUAAAGGAAUAAUCUGACCAUUUAAAAUGAACUUCCAAUCUGCGUCAAUCCUUUGAUAAAAAGAGGCAGCUCCUUAUAGGCAAUAUAGUAAGCGUUCAUUUAUGGAUAUUCAUCAUUCUUGCAACUGGGUUAAAAUAAUAAACGCACUACUGCAUCUGGAGUGAAAAACGGAAAUUAUAAAAUCUAAUAUUGAUCCAAAAACUAAUCUACAUUCUGUUGAAAUCUGCCGAAAGCUAAACAAGGAUUUUGAAUGUAUACACUGGCAUUAUUGUCUUGAAUUAUGCAUCAAUAUGGCCCUUAAUGUCAGCAUUGUGAACACAAAAAAGUUUGUGCCUCUUAACCUCACUCACUGUAAUUGAAGAAGGGGAAUCACCGAGUUGAUAAGCUAGAUUCCCCGGCAGAGUGUGUACAUUUUGAGUUAAAUAAGCAGACAGGUUCAAGAUAAUAUUGGGUUCUCUUCAAGAUCCCUCCGCUGCCCUUUUUUAUUUUUAGAGAGAUAUCUUCAUUUCAAAAGCACAUAUGGGAUGAGAACUACUGUUUUAAAAUAGAAAUACAUACAUAACAGCUUCUGGCUUAAUUUUCUUAUCUGUUAUUUUCUCUUUUUCAACUUUCUUUCUUUGCCAAGAUACAUCAGAAUCCAGGGCCAAACUGCAGCAGUAAAAAUAGAGAACGCAGUUCUCACAGAUCAGAUCCGAUACCCUGUGGAAUUGUGUAUGUGUGUACGUUUCUACUGUUUGAGAGCGAUUUCAUCCUCUUAUGUAUGGAAUAGUGUGGUUUUGAAGAAAAUCGUGUCUAUGUUAGAAGCUGUGUGCUGAAAAGUUGAAGUGAAGGUACAAAACUGAAAUCUAUUUGGUGUUUAGAAUGAAGUCCUCAUAAUUUUAACGGAUGCUAAGACUAGUGAAAACAAUAUCCACCUUAACUCAGAUUUUAUUAGCUAAUGCAAGUAAAAGUCUUCCUCUUAAAGUCCAGUGAAGCAACAAGCAAUCGUGAUCUCCGAAGAAUUUUGUGCGUUUGUGUGUACUUGAGUGCGUUUGUAUUUCAGCAUGCUUGCAUGCACAUGUACAUCUGUGCUUCCAUGUUCAUAUUAUCCACUCUGUAUGUGUGGAUGUCUGGGUUCAUUUCACGAGAAUUACCAAAAAAGUAAUAGUGGGACCAUGUGACUGAGUAAAAUAUGGAACAAUAUCAGCGAAACCAGCUCUAAAACAACAAUACCCCCCUAAGAAAUGUAGACUUAUGCAUAGCACAGGAAGGACAAAAUGGUGAUUUCUGUCCUUGACUUUUUUAUUUCUUUUCUGAUAUACUCAUAUUGAAGUUUCAAAAUCAUUUUCAUUUAAUGAAGAACUUGGAAAGUCCUUUGAGUAAGUGCUGUAGUAUAUUAGUAGGGAUCGUUCACAUAAAAAUGACAAUUCUCUUACUAUUUACCUACCUUCAUGUUGUUCCAAACCCAUAUAAUUUUCUUUCCUCCAUGGGACACAAAAGGAAAUGUUAUGGACUGACAGCCUCAGUCCCCGUUCAUUGUCAUAGUAUGAGAAAGGGCAGCGCUGCCAACAUCCUUCAAAGUUUCUCCCAAUUUUUCUAUGUAAGCAAGAAAGUCAUAUGAGUUUGGAAAUGUUCAUUUAUGGGUAAACCAAACCUUAAAGUGUCAGCCCAUUUUGGAGGGGGACAGAUAUUGUUGUGAGAAGUCUCACAACUCAACUUCCCCACGUCAUGGUCUGAAAAUGACUGUUCACGGUCUGACUCUGGAUCAGAGCCAGAAUGAACAGCCUUGUUUUUGCCAACCGGGUUGCAGGCUUGGUUUCCCUGGAACAAUGUGCGCAGAGGACACCACAGAAAUGUAAAUGUGACCCUAGUCAGCGCUCACUGUUUCACAACACUUAUUAACUGUUGUUUACCUGAUUAUCUCGCUCUCUGUGAAGCUUUCAUUAUGGCUGGUCAUUAAAGACUGAUUCAGCAAUGGCCCACCCUGACUCAUCUCAUCUACAAAAAAAAAAAAAAAAAAACAGAAAUGAAAGCCAUUUUAUUGAUGCCAUCCGUUCUCAUAGUACUGAGCUAUUCAAUAAUGUUUACUGUUUAUAAUGUGCAGAUAGAUGAUUUGUAGUGUGGCCACCUUGGGCCGAUAUUUUGGUAUCUGUAUUGUUUUCCUACAGGACUGUAUCUUAUGCAUGUCUUGCAUGUCUCUUAUCAGAAUGGAGGCACUAAGAGUUGUUUGUGAUCACUUUUAUGAGCAAGGGGGACAAAACCAUGGGGUUUAGCUCAACAGAAGAAAUGUUUUUUUGAUACGUUUUUACCUCCUGUUACUUCUAUUGCCUUAUACUAAGGCCCAGUGUUAAACUCUUUUAAUCAUUCUCAAAAUUAAUUGAUGUUAUCCUUUUGUGGAGAGGAACUGUUCUCUUGGUUUCUCAUUUUGUUGUAAAUUAAAUGUUUUCCAGUUGACGCGUACACACCUGAAUAAAAUGCGA